CAUUCCUCAUCUUCAGCGGAGGGAUGCCGAGGGCCAGUUACGGGGACAGACACUGCAUCUCAGUCAUCCACAGCAAAACCCACGAGGCGCUGGACUUCACCUCACGCAUUAUCGACUUUUUCGUCAUUUGCGAGGGAGAGAACCACAGAGGUGAGCCGAGCGCUCUUGUGGUUUUGGUGGAGGAGGAGCUGGUCGUGGUGGAUCUGCAGACUGAGGGUUGGCCCGUCAUCCAGACGCCCUACCUGGUGCCAUUACACUGUUCAGCAAUCACCUGCUCGCACCACGUCUCCUCCAUCCCGCUCAAACUGUGGGAGAGAGUGCAAGCUGUGGGAGCCCAGCAGAAUACACACUACUCCAAGAAGCCUUGGCCUAUAAAUGGAGGCCAGAAUUUUGCCCCAGACCCUCCCCAGAGAGACUUGCUCCUGACAGGGUGA